GCUAAUGCAAUAAGAUUUCCAAAUUUAUCUAAAAUGGCUCAAGACUAUUUAGCUAUUCCAGCAAUAAGUGCUCCAAUUGGGAGAGUAUUUGCUGGUGAAACAGAUUUAGUUAUACCAAAAAGAA